GUGACGUGUCUCAAACUGCAAGCCGGUGCUACAUUUGCUGGGGAGAUCAAUUGCUGGGAACCUACCUGGGGGCACCAUGGGCAUCAAAUUUUUGGAAGUAAUAAAACCUUUUUGUGCGGUUCUACCGGAGAUCCAAAAGCCAGAAAGAAAGAUUCAAUUCAGGGAGAAGGUGCUAUGGACGGCCAUCACACUUUUCAUCUUCCUAGUGUGUUGUCAGAUACCCUUGUUUGGGAUCAUGUCCUCAGACUCUGCAGAUCCAUUCUACUGGAUGAGAGUCAUCCUUGCAUCUAACAGAGGUACGCUGAUGGAGCUGGGCAUCUCUCCCAUCGUCACCUCUGGGCUCAUCAUGCAGCUGCUGGCUGGAGCCAAGAUCAUUGAGGUUGGAGACACGCCCAAAGACAGAGCACUGUUCAACGGAGCACAGAAACUGUUCGGCAUGAUCAUCACCAUUGGCCAGGCCAUUGUGUAUGUGAUGACCGGGAUGUACGGAGACCCCUCGGAGAUGGGAGCUGGGAUCUGUCUGCUCAUCAUCAUUCAGUUGUUCGUGGCAGGAUUGAUUGUGCUGCUGCUGGACGAGUUGCUGCAGAAGGGCUAUGGCCUGGGCUCUGGCAUCUCACUCUUCAUUGCCACAAACAUCUGUGAGACCAUCGUCUGGAAGGCCUUCAGCCCCACCACAGUCAACACAGGCAGAGGAACGGAGUUUGAGGGAGCUAUCAUCGCCCUCUUCCACCUGCUUGCAACACGCACAGACAAGGUGCGCGCACUCAGGGAGGCCUUCUACCGCCAGAACCUGCCCAACCUCAUGAACCUCAUUGCCACAGUCUUCGUAUUCGCCGUGGUGAUAUACUUCCAGGGCUUCAGAGUGGACCUCCCCAUCAAGUCGGCCAGAUACCGUGGCCAGUACAACACCUAUCCCAUCAAGCUCUUCUACACCUCCAAUAUUCCCAUCAUCCUCCAGUCUGCCUUGGUGUCCAACCUCUACGUCAUCUCUCAGAUGCUCUCCACACGAUUCAGUGGGAACUUCCUGGUCAACCUGCUGGGAACCUGGUCUGAUACCUCCACUGGCGGCCCUGCUCGUUCCUACCCUGUUGGUGGGUUGUGCUACUACCUUUCCCCUCCGGAGUCCUUCGGCUCGGUUCUGGAAGACCCGGUCCACGCCAUAAUCUAUAUCGUCUUCAUGCUGGGCUCAUGUGCCUUCUUCUCCAAAACCUGGAUCGAGGUGUCAGGAUCCUCUGCCAAAGAUGUAGCUAAGCAGUUGAAGGAACAGCAGAUGGUAAUGAGGGGACACAGAGAGACUUCCAUGGUGCACGAGCUGAACAGGUACAUUCCCACAGCAGCGGCCUUCGGCGGACUGUGUAUUGGGGGACUGUCGGUGAUGGCCGACUUCCUGGGAGCCAUUGGCUCUGGCACCGGGAUCCUGCUGGCCGUCACCAUCAUCUACCAGUACUUUGAGAUCUUCGUCAAAGAGCAGAGUGAAGUGGGCAGCAUGGGUGCCCUGCUCUUCUAAAGCCCUCCCCACACCUGCCAGACAGACCCCACCGCCCACCUUAGUAUUAUUACUAUUAUUUCAGUAUAGGUUAGGUUUUUUUUUUUUGACUUGUUUUGUUUUUCAAAGAAAUGGUUAAAAGCACAAGUGUUAUUAUUGAGGUUCUCUCAGUGGAUUCCUCCAUGGCACGAUUGACUGAGACAGCACCACCUAAAGACUGUUCAGACAUCCAUUGAUCGUAUUCAUAUCAGACCACAAUUUUUUUUUUUUGUAAGUGGAUAACAACUGCCACUUCAGAGAUGCAACAGAACUACCCAAAUGUGCUUUUUUUUGUUUCAGUAUCGCUUUCAAUUAGUUUUGAAGGAUUGGAGGAACCUUUUUUUUUGUUUGGAGAACAUGCCUAUCUGUUAACGGACUAUACCUGCACACCUGGGCUCCCAGGCGAGAGAAGUUUAUGGCUGUACACCAUGGUGCUGGAGAAACUGGAGCAUAGUUAUUUCUAGAUAUUUCAAGCCAUGAGGGAGAGGUGGAAUCAUUGGGAAGGAACUUCAGAACCACUGUGUGCAGAAGUUUAAUGGCUUGCUGGAAGCGUGACCUUGUUUUACAUCUGUGAUCAAACAUGGCAAAGCAACCACAUGAAAACUCCCACAGCUCUCAGUGGUGUUCAGCUUAGUCUUUUUUUAUGAGUGUGUUCACACAAGUCUUAAGAGUUACGCAGGCGUUCUUUUCUCUUAAUUUUAGGUAAAGGAAAGAGUUGUCUAUGCAGGGGGAUGUUCCUCCUAGACUGGCCACAUGCAAGCACUAUAAUGUGCUCUGCAGGGGGUGGGCAAGAUUUUAUAUGAAAUCUUAGUAUGUGUCUGUUUUGGUUGUAAAAAAAAAAAUUUGGACAUCAUGGAUUUUGCUUUUCUGUAUAUAUGCUCCAUUCCAGUCAAUCAUCUACAGUGUAAAAUAAUCAUUUUUAAAUAUGUAAAAAGAAAUAAAAAAAAAACCU